AUGUCCUUGACAGCUUCAUUCAACGAUACUUUCAAAGUUUCCGAUAACGUUGCAGUGGUUAUACCCGAGACGGGGGUUGAAGUAACUUACCGAGAUCUCUCCCACCAGGUGGGUCAUUUCCAAACAUUAUUUCAAGAUCCACAGUCACCUCUUUACGAUGUCAUUCUUCGUCAAAGCACUGUGGCAAUCUCGAUGCGUAAUGGUCUAGAAUUUAUUGUUGCGUUCUUGGGAGCCACCAUGGAUUCGAAGAUUGGGGCCCCUUUAAAUCCUAAUUACAAAUCAGAGGAAUUCAAUUUCUAUUUGAACGAUUUACAAUCCAAGGUGAUCGUUGUAUCCAAGGGCACGGUCAAGCAAGAGAAGGAAGCUGAAAUUGUGAAGAGUGCCAGAAAAUUUGGUUGCUAUAUCGUUGAAUUAUACUUCAACAAGGAUAGGUUCAGAGCGGAGUACGACGUUUAUUCUCCCGAUGACAAUUAUAACAAGGUUGUUUUCUCCUCGUUGAAAAAUGCACUUUUUAUUAAUAACGACCCCGUUCACUUCCCAGGUUUUGCCCGUUCAAGCGAUGUGGCAUUGAUUCUUCACACGAGCGGAACGACUUCGAAGCCUAAGACCGUUCCACUGUUGCACUUGAAUAUUGUUAGAAGUACUUACAACAUUUCCCGCACAUACAAGCUUGCUGAUACCGAUCGUUCGUAUGUGGUAAUGCCCUUAUUCCACGUCCAUGGGUUGAUCGGAGUUCUAUUAUCUACGUUUAGAACUCAGGGCUCAGUCAUCGUCCCUGAGAAAUUUAGUGCGAAGAAAUUCUGGGACGAAUUCAUCACUUUUAAGGCCAAUUGGUUCAGUUGUGUCCCAACAAUAAGCAUGAUCAUGUUAAACAUGCCCAGACCCAGCCAAAUGCCACGUAUUAGGUUCAUCAGAUCAUGUUCGUCCGCUCUGGCACCAGCUACUUUCCACAAGCUGGAAACUGAAUUUAGGGCACCUGUCCUAGAGGCCUACGCUAUGACAGAAGCCUCACACCAAAUGACGUCCAACGACUUGCCACCAAAGAAGAGAAAACCGGGUACCGUGGGACGCCCACAAGGUGUAGAAGUCGUUAUCUUAAAUGAGAACGACAAAGUACUAAAACCUGGUCAAAUUGGUGAAAUCUCUAUCAGAGGUGAAAAUGUCACACUGGGAUACGCCCAUAACGAAAAGGCCAAUGAAGAGAAUUUCACUAAAAGAGAAAACUAUUUCCGCACUGGUGACCAGGGUUAUUUUGACCCAGAAGGAUUUUUAGUGCUUACCGGUAGGAUCAAAGAAUUGAUCAACCGUGGAGGUGAAAAGAUCUCGCCCAUUGAGCUAGACGGGAUCAUGCUUUCGCAUCCGAAGGUCGAUGAAGCGGUAGCUUUUGGAGUCUCAGACGAGACGUACGGGCAAGUAGUACAGGCUGUCGUGGUAUUAAAGAAGGGAGAAAAACUCACUUACGAAGAACUAGCUAAAUUUAUCAGUGAACGUGCGGCCAAAUUCAAGGUGCCCAGCAAGAUCUACUUCACAGACGUACUUCCAAAGACAGCUACAGGUAAGAUCCAACGUCGUGUGAUAGCCAGCACAUUUGCAGGCAAGAACAAAUCCAAGUUAUGA